AUGGAGAUUGGCCGACGAGGGCUCUGCAACUCUGGCGAUACUGCCUUGAAGCUGUUCGGAAGCACCGUCAGUGUUGAAAUGGAGCAACGCGGGGCCGCCGGAAGCAGAGACGACGCUGCAGUGAAGCCUCGCCGGAGUUGCAAUGAAGCUUCACCGGACGCGUCGGUGUUGCGUUGGAGCUCCACAGUCGGCAUCGACGCCCGCUGCAUCGCAGCUCCGGCGACGUCGCGACCACUGCAUCUUACCUCCGGCAGCCGCUGCAUAGCAGCUCUGGCGGUGUCGCAGCCGCUACAGUGCAACUCCGGUGGCGUUGAUGAGCGCUGCAUCGCAGCUCCAGUAGCGUCGAUGCCCGCUGCAUCACAACUCCAAUGGUCGUUGCAUUACAGCUCCGGCGUCGUCGACGCCCGCUCCAUCACAGCUCCGACAGUCGAGCUGGUAGGUGUGCUUGGAGCGUGA